UGUUAUCAGAAAGCGACCCUCAUCACGACUGGGCUCCGAGGCGAGAGGAGGUGUGGAGUCCUCGCUUUGUCUCCGGGUAACAUAUAUCCUCACUCGGUGCGGGGUGAAGACCAAGGCGCUGACGCCGACGUCAAAAUUCAGCCGAGUUAGUCAUGUCGCCGGUGUUUGAAGACGUUAUUGCUCGGUGACGUAACUCGAAGUCGACUUGCACUCUUGACUUUAACUACCCCCCUAACUGCUAAGGGACCCUUUCUUUCCGUUGUGUUGACGUAAGUUAACACACCCAAGAACAAAAGUCGGCAAACGUCGACUUUGGAGCCAAAGCCGGAAAAGUCGACAAACCUUGGAUCGUCGCUGGUUUUGAGUUAGUGUUGCGGGCUAUGCGUGUGCAUAAUGGAGGACAGUCAAUGUGGGGAAUUGGACUACCUGAUCCAAGAUGAGGACACCCUCAUUGAAGGGGUCAGCAACCAGGUGCUGUUUGUGGUGGUGCUCAGUGUCACCUUCCUGGGAGGGCUGCUGACUCUGCUUUGCACAGGAGAGCAGCGGGACAUCCAUCCCGAGAAUCAGGAGCAUGUCCGAGCUGUGAGACAGCAGCUCCAGUUUGAGCAGGAUGACAACCCUCCAUCAGAAGCCAGACAACAGUACUACACAGACAUGUCCUGUCCUGUGUGUCUGCAGCAGGCUGUUCUGCCCGUAGAGACGAAUUGUGGACACCUCUUUUGUGGUUCUUGUAUUAUUCUCUAUUGGAGGUAUGGAACAUGGCUGGGUGCUAUUAACUGCCCCAUCUGCAGACAAAUGGUGACGUUGCUCUUCCCCCUCUUCCAUGAGCAAACAUCCCCACAGAGUGUCCAGGAAGAGGAGGCAAGGCCCCAGUUCAUCCUAAGAGAAAUCAAUGACUACAAUCGCAGGUUCUCUGGACAACCUCGCUCGUUGAUGGACAGGCUGCGAGAUGUUCCAACCCUGCUCCGUCAUGCCUUUAGGGAGAUGUUUUCGGUGGGUGGCCUGUUAGAGCGGCCAGGGAUCCAGAUUCUCCUCUGCCUGGUUGGCGCAUUCACCUACCUGGCCUCCCCGCUCGACUUCCUACCGGAGGCGCUCUUUGGCCUCCUUGGCUUCAUGGAUGACCUGUUAGUCAUCCUUCUCCUCUUUUUUCACAUCUCUGUCAUGUAUAGAGGAGUGGUAACACAGAGACUGAAUGGCUAAGUGCACGGUGUAAAAUUGAGUCCUUGAUUGCUCAUACCUGGGUACAGACACCCAGAAGGAGUGAGCCGUGCUUCCGAGGGGCUGAUGCUGGAUUUACAUGAAAGCAGUGAAGAAGUUUUUAGAGGACAUUCCAUGUCAGCACUCUCAAACGGGUUUUAUUUAUUUACAGGGGCCGUCCUCUGAUCACAUGAGAGAAGUUAGUUGAGGACUUCUAAUCAGAAGUUCAAAGAAGGUUGAAUCAGUUCAUCUGGAUACAAUGUUUACUGACAGAUACAUUUCAUCCUCAUCUAAGUGACAUCUCCAGUCUAUACUGACUACAUGUAUCCUCACCCUUAUAAACAAUAAAGUAUAAUGCAGUUGCAUAACGACCAAAACCAACUACCAGUUUCAUAUGCAAAUAUGGGUGUGACCACCGUUAUGCAACUGUAUUGUUUAUAAGGGUGGGAUACCUGCAGUCAGUUUAGACUGGAGAUGUCAAUUAG